UGGAAGAGUUCUAUUUUCAGGGAUCUGUAUGUGCACGCAUGAAAAUAAACGAGAUAUUGUACGAUUUGAGAUUCAAACAAAGAUUUUGACAGACGAAGGAAAAAUGGUGUCGUUGAUAGAGAAUUAUGAGCAACAAUAUGCAGUUUUGACAGCCGAUAUUACUGCCAAAAUCGGAAAAUUAACUUCAUUACACGGCGCUGACAGGAAGUCCCUUGUUCUUGAUGUUGAAAGGCAUGUCGAGGAGGCCCAGGAACUUCUUGAACAGAUGGAACUGGAAGUUCGAGAGGUUGAAGCUUCUGCUCGUCCACGCCUGAGGACACGAGUUGAUAGUUACAGGACAGAACUUGGUAGGCUUAGCCAAGAGUUUGUGAAAGUGCGGAGUCCUCCAUUUCAGGAUGGCUUCUUUGGACAAGAUGAUUUAUAUGGAGGUGGAGUAAGCAUGAAUGAAGAACAGAAAUUGAGACUUCUAGAUAAUUCAGAGAGACUAGAACGAACAGGACGCCAUCUUACAACAGGUUAUAGAAUUAUUCUGGAGACAGAAGAAAUUGGAUCUCAAGUGUUACAGGAUUUACAUGCUCAACGUGAAACAAUUCAGAAAUCUCGAAGUAGGUUGCGAGAAACAGAUGCUGAGCUGGGGCGAAGUUCGAGGAUUGUCAGUGGGAUGAUAAUGCGGUCUAUGCAGCAUCGCCUUAUCUUGUUCGGUGUAGCUGUUGUAUUUGUUAUUGUUAUUGUGUUAAGUAUUUAUUUUACAUUUAGCAAGUACACAUAGUCUCAAUCACGUCCCUGCAAUCAGCUAAAUAUUUCUUGGGGUAUAUAGGCACAAGUUCAUAACUGAAAUAAUAUUAAUAGCAACCCUACUGAAUGGAGGUCAUAACUGUAAGAGGAAGGUUGUGAGAAUAGUAAAUAUUGAGUGAAUUGGCAACACUGAGUUUGGUUACAUUAAUCAUAGAGUAAACCUGAGGCCUAGUAACUUUAGUUAAUUAUCUCCUUAUUAUGACUCAGUAUCAGGCUUAUGCUGUGAUCACUUUGUAUGUAAAAUAUUUUUAAAACUUAAGGUAAUUACACCUUUUUCUAGACUGGUUCAAUGAACCAUAACCCAGAUAAGUCCAUGAAGAUGAAUUUUGUUUCCCAACAGGUGAAUUUCUAAGAGUAAUAUUGUCCUAAAAAUGGGUUAGCAGAUAUCACAGUCCUCUAAUAUGAAAGUCAAAUGGUUUUCUUCAUCCCUUUGUAGUCUGGUGUUUUGUUGUGCGUGUAAUUUGGGAUACGUUACUGUUUCAUGAUAUAAAAUUUUAUAGUAAACCCAAAGAUCAAAGGUAUCUAAAAAUCUGUACCAUUUGUUCAAAAAUACAUGACUCACAUACUGCCCAUAGUAAAAGUUCUGACUUCAGUCCUCAUUGUAAUUUUUGUACAAUAUCACCAUAACAUCAUGUGCCUGUAGGAGAAUUACUGAAUGUAUUCAUUCAUGAUAAUUAACUCUUCAGCUUACAGAUACUGAAUUACAGCUUGUGUCAAGUUUCAACUUUGGUGGAAGCUGCCAUUAACUGACACUUGUGUUGCCAGUCCACUUUACUGCAUGUUGUGUGAUACAGAAACAGACAUUUAUUAUAUUUUUAUAUUACUUUUACUUAAUUUAUUCAUUAUUUAAUUUUAAUACUGCUCAUAUUAGAGGCAAUCAUGUUUUAACAUAUUUAUCAAGCAUUUUGAGGUUAUCUAGUGUUAAUAAUGUUUUGUUUAUUUCUGUUAUUUUUCUAAGAUCAAUUUGAUGCUUUGUAUUGAGCUGUAAGGCACUAUAUGAGGUAAAACAAACUGAGUGAAGUCAACUGUGGCCAUUAGAAUGUACUUUAGUUGUGUCCUAGUGAUGAACAUACUCUUCUUUCUAGGACAUUGUCUGUCAGUGCUCCUCUGAGGUGAUCAUUAGAGAAUAAUUUUAUUUAUAAAUCUUCUUUUUAUUGUCAUUAUUCUGCUUAAUAGAUAUUUAAUAAAUAAACGCUUUAUAUAUCUGGAAAGAAUAAUGAAAUUUGUGUUGACCAUAAGAAAUCUUUUCUAACAGUGCAGUGAGGGUGGGAUAUAUUGCAAGAAUUUGGGACUUGAAAUGGAAUAUAAUUAUUAUGCAAAUUUAAAUUAAUCUGUCCCACUAAUAUUCUAGACACAAAAUGUAAUGUAACAAGCCAUGCAUGGAAGUUGUAACUUGUUUAAAGAGCAAGACCUAGGAAAUGUCAGUAGUAAUUAAUUAACCCACUGGCAUACUACCUUGAUGGCUGUUACCUGCCUGCUUGUUUAGGUUACACCAGCAAAUUGACAGCUGUGAUAUGUCACCAGACAAAAUUAAGAACGGAUUACUUCUUGGACAACAGAAAUAAACCUAUAUAGAAAUUUCUGUGAUAAUUUUGAGCUGUUUAUUUUGAAAUUUGUUAACUAAAUAGUCAAUAGGAUUUCAGUAAUAUAGCUGUGGUUUAGUGUAAUGCUUGACUCUGCUCCUAAACUUCAUAUUUUCUUCUAUGUUACUAUCACAUACUAGCAUUUCUUUGAUUCUGCAACAUGAAAAUCUCAGUUUCAUUUCUAUGGUAUAUAAUGUACAUAGAGUUUCUAACCAGUUAUACAUAUACGUAUUUUACAGUCGUUAUUUAUUUGCUGUUAUGUCUUCCAGUAUUUAGAGUAGGGGAAGGCAGGAACUGUUACUAAGAAAGAUUAUCAUUGUUAUCAAUAUUACAAGACAGUGGUUUACAGAUCUUUUGGUUUACCUUAAAAUAAGUAAUCAACCUCUGACGAUAAUUUAGUUCAAAGCAUUGGAGUUAUUUUUCUGUAUAUAUUUCAUGCUUACAGUGCACAGUGUAUGGUCUUAUUGCAGUUAGAGCAGAAAUAUGAAGGACCCAAUCAUGGUAAUCUCUUGUAAUACAAAUUGUAGUUAUAUUUUUAAAAAAAAUAUUUCCAACACUCCAGUACAUUCCAGUGAAUAAUUUUAUGAGACAUGACUAUGUAUGUUUCUUUAAACAAAUAUUACCUGAAGAGUGCCUACAGCAUUUAUGGAAAUUGAUAUCUGAAGAAACCAGAUUGUAUGUUUCGGUUACAUUCAUUCCUUAUACUUGUUUGCAACAUAAUUAUCCUGGAUUUUUUUCAUCUUGCCUUCAUAAUAUUCAGUUUUACUUAUUUAAUUCUAUGGUCUAUUUCAUAUGUUCGUCAGUAAAGAGGAGUUUUCUCUCUUUCCUACAAUACACUUGCUUGUUUCAUGGGUACGUGGGCAGUUUUGUUCAAUCACUUUUCUACCCAGUGUGUACAAGUAUUUCAGAAGAUGAGUCCAGUUUUCUAUAUUUUUUAAAACAAAUUAGAUGCAAAAUAUGUUAGCCUUUCAAGAAUAACUCAAGGAUUGGGUGGGCAAGCUGUAAGGAUGACUUGUUCCCACACAGGUAACUUCACUUUUUUGUAAGAGUGCGAGGAGUAUUGCUAAUGGUAACAGUACAUGCUUUUAAGAUUUUUUUCCUUGGCACUACAGCCCCAGUGGGCCUAGGCCUACCUUCAUGAACUUCUCUGUUCACUUCAGUGCUUUUAAGAUUACUACAGAAUUUAAAUACAUCUAAUUGGGUAUUAUAUUCAUGACAUACUUUAAUUUUGAGACAAAAUUUGGAAUAAGAGUUUUUUUUUUCCCAAGUAUUUCUAUAUGUGAAAUUUAAAUUACACUAUAUUUUACUGAGGCUGUCACAGUUUGUUAUUAAUUUGCUUUAUUUAAGUUUAGGCAUGCAUUAUUAUGCUGUUCAUGGAACUUUCUUCUUGUAACCACUGAGUUUUGUUAUACUGCCCUCACUAAAGUAUUCAAAUAUGCUUUUGUCACAAAGAAUAAGCCAAAAUUUAAACAUGAGAUGAAAAUGGGUUUUUCACAUAUUUCAGGUUCUUCAUGACCAAUAUAUUGUUAUGUGUUUUUAAUCAAAUUACAAAAUUUACAUUCCAUUAUCACAUGUUUUUUCUUUCCUUCAUAAGCACUUUAAUGUCAUUUUCUUUUGUGGAUAAUUUUAUGAUAUCAUUGAAUGAUGUGACUGGUGAAUAAUGAAUUGGAAAGGAUUUAGGUGGAAAGAGGCGUAGCCUAAAUGAGGUACUAUCCCAGCAUUUGCUUGGAGGUACUGAAGAAACCAUGAAAUCCUCAAUCAGGAUAGGCAGUGUCGCACCUAGAUUCGAAUCUAGCAUCUCCUGAAUAUAAGUGUGUUACUGCUACACCAGUCUGCUUUGUAUAGUUUCAUGUCAUAAUCUGAUUCAGUUAAGAACUUAGUACUGGAGAAAGUGGCAAUGUUUAUCACUUUACCAUUGUCAUAUUCUUGUAUUCAUGAAUUUUUGUGUCAACACAAUAUUUGCUAAUGCUUCUGUCAUUGAUAUGAUUAGACAUGUGAAUUGUAUCUGAAAUCACUUUCGACAUGAAGAUGGAAACAUAUUUUAUAAACAGCUUGGAAGAAUGUUUUACCGAUUCCACAUAGUUACCAAAUACGGGGAACAAAAUGUAAUAGUGUUUUAUUCUGAAAAUUUCAUGAUUCUGUAAUGCAGUAAAUUGAAUCUUGACUUAGAUAUUUAUUAUUGCCUGCAUACGAAAGCAGAGAGAACAAUUUUCAGCAUAUGAUUGCUGUUUUUCUUAUAUAAAUAAGCACUAUUUGGGGGGAUAAAAAGAGUUUUAAGUGCCAAUAUAUAUCAUGAAAAGUAACUGUACAUUCUAAAUAAUAUAUGAAUAAAAAUGUAUGAAAAAUAUAUGUUUCUGUUAUUUCUGUAUCCUCCUGUUCCAUAACUACACAUAGAUAUUUAAUUCUAAAUGCAAUUCUUAAAAUCAUUAAUGGUUCCUCAGGGCUCAAGAACUGAACUGGCCAAUACACUGCUUGAUUUCAUCAUGAUUAUGUUUUAAAUUUCAUGCAAUAUACCAAGUACAACUUCUGAGCAUAUGUUUUUUUUUAAAAGACGUUACUUUUAUAUUUUUCAGUAUACGUUAGAAGCUUACUAGUUCAUAAUAAGUAUUUUUAAUCAAUAUCAAUGGUGACCUCAAAGAGGUCUGCUAUAAAGUCUGGUCGAGUAGAGUAUGCAGUGUUUUUGUUAUAACCAGAAAAUGUGAUUUGGUUGUGAAUAACUUCAGUAUUAAAGAGAAAACACAUUAGAUUGUGAAAUUAAGUUUUUAGGGAAGUCUUUCCGAAAGGAUGUGUAUAUACAUAUAAUUGUAUAGUUCCUUAGAGGCAUUAUUUAUAUCGAAGUAUGUUUUGUUAUAUUUUUGGUUAGAGUGCCUAA